UGACCAAACAAGUUUACUGUGUGGUACAAGAAGUAACUUUGUAGCCGUGAGAAAAGCUGUUCAAUGUCUGUUAUUCUGGUUGGAUGGAUAUUUUCUGUUUAUAUGAAAGCCCGUGGAUGAAUAAACAAGGGCUUUACAACAUCUGGGCAAGAUGAGGCAGAACAUGUUUGAGGAGGGACUGUACCAAGUAUUUUUUAAGGAUACACCCUCACCAUCCCCACAAACUGAGGUCACCAGUAACGGAGAGCUAAGCAAUGCCAGGAUUCAUCGUUGGUUCGGGGCUGUGGUUAAUACUAGACUUUUUGUCAGUGGGGUGAUUCAAAUCCUCAGUGCCGUAGUUUGCAUACUAACCACAAUCACUCACGCAUGUGUGAGCUACAGAUGUGCUGUCUCCAUGACAACACCAGCAUGGUCAAGCAUAUUUUAUGUGGCUGCUGGGUGUCUUGCGAUUGAGGUUCAAAGAAAAGCGAAUAAAUUGAAGAUCAUCGCUCUGAUGGGUGUGAAUGUCUUUAGUCUCGUGUUUGGAUUCUCAGCUUUGCUGGCCAACGGUAUCAGAGCUGCACAAGCCGUCACACUCACUUACCAACAGCGUGCUGGUUCUUAUGUUGCAAGGGCGAGCACCAUAGUGUUCACCGUACAUUGCUUCCUGGCAUCACUCUACAUACUUUUCCUGUCCUGGAGGGGUCUGCGCCGCUACAGUUCUCCCCAUUUUCAGGUUUACAGUCGCGUCUCACAGGAUCCAGAUGAAACCAAUGGGCCUCUCCUGGAACAAGUGGAAUUUAAUAUGUGAAAGAUCUGAAAUCUCAUUGUUUGCAAGCAUAGUUACUGUCAUUAAAAUGUUCGUUUGAUCUAAAUAUAGUAAUGGUGUAAAUCUGUUAAAGGCAGUAACCUAUCCUCCAGACAACCAUUCACCCUCACACUCACACCUCUGGAUUACCUGGAGACAGCUGACAUAGACACAGGCCUCCACAGAGACUUCAGACUGGCUGGUGGAGUCAAACCCAGGGCUCCUCUUAUUGUCAAAAACAUUGACAGUGGAAAUUGCUGUCAUAUAUAAAUAUGUCAAUAAAAUUUGGGCUUUUUUAUUUUAUGUUUUGUAAUUCAAAGGCUAUAAUGGUUAAAACUGCUGCCAUGGUUUUCUUUCUUCGUUUACUUCGAUGUUAUUCUGCAGAGGGCACUAGAGGGCGAUGCUGCCACAGAUUUUUCACAUCGUAAACCAGUGUGAUAUUUUACUCCAUUGCAGUAGUUAAGCGUAAACCUGGAUAAUGAAUUUCAUUUUAUUAUUUAAGGGUUUUUUUUCUUUUUUUUCAGCACUCAGGACCUUCAGGGCUGAGAAGCCAGAGUGAUCUAAUGAAUAUGUAUCUUCUUCAGUUGUAAUCUAUCCGUCGCUGACUGUAAAUAAAUGUUCCUGUUGAAAAA